GGGUCCCAGGACUGAGUCACAAUUCUCGGCAGCAUAUUCUCAGUUGCCAUGGUAACAUUUGAAAAGCUGUGUGUCGGCAGCUCAGGAGGAGUUUGUUGUUCACCACAGAACCAGACUGCGCCGGACUGGACUCUCUGUAAAGUGGUGGAGAAAAGUUGUGGACGUUUUCAAUCAGAUAUUGAACUAUUCAGACUGGACCAUGUUCUCCCUGUCAGAACUGGCGCCUCUGGAUCAGCAUCAGAACACGUUUAAGCUGCCAAAGCCCUGGUGGGAGGUCUUCAUGGACUACCUGGUGGUCCUGAUGCUGCUGACGUCCGUCCUGGCUUGUACUGAGCAGCUAUCGAGGGACAGGGUUGUGUGCAUUCCUUCCGAACUGCCUUUCAAGGCAAGCAGCAGUGCUCAUGGUCCAUCAGAUGACAGCGAUACAGCCCUUGCAUCUUCUGAGCCCCCUCUGCAUAUUCCCCAUAGCAUCGGCCCGACUCGCCGACCUCCUGCACAGGGACGCCGCACACAUCUCGUAUACCAGCAAUAUAUCUAUAUUAGUCAGGUGUGCUACCAUGAAGCUUUGCCUUUGUGUUCCCGCUUCUUCCCCUACAUGGCCUUGCUGCAGUCUCUGGUGCUGGUAGCCAGUGGCUCCUUCUGGCUGCAUUUCCCCCACACCUCUUCUCGCAUAGAACAAUUCCUGUCCAUCCUGGCAAAAUGCUGUGAGUCUCCCUGGACAUCCCAGGCCCUGUCCCAAGCUGCACGGCAGGAAAACAUUCAAGAUUUGGAGAGACAGCCCCGUCGUGCUCCCAUGUUUUCAGCUGGCUUUUCGAUUCCAGCGACCCGUACAGAGAGCUCAAGCAUAGACUCGGGCACAGACUGUCCAUUAUUGAAGAGAUCGGUCUCCCCCCCAUCUCCUUGCCCUUCCACCCACUCCUCUAAUUCCACAACGUCUUCAGUCUCCGUUGGUUCUGACGUGCACUUCUGUUCUUCCAAGCCUUCGGUAAAGGUUGAACGCCCUGGGCAGGUGAUGAGUCUAGACAAAAGUGAUGGAGAACAGGCCAGGGCCCUGUUUGAAAGGGUCAGGAAAUUCCGGUCUCACUGCGAAAGCUCGGCUGUCAUUUAUAAGGUUUACUUGGCUCAGACGAUAUUUAAACUGCUCAUGGUAAUGCUUAUCAUGACUUACACCGUCCCAUUUCUCAGCUCCCUCUCCUUCAAUCACAUCUGUCACCCUGGGGAGCAAACACUAGUGGGCUACGCGACCUUUGAAUGCGUCCACGUGCUAUCAUCCCUUCUGCGCAAACUCCUUGUGGCCUACCUAAUCCUGCUGGGGCUCUAUGCGCUCCUUAAUAUUUACACCCUCAGCUGGAUUCUUCACAGCUGUCUUCGAAAAUAUUCUUUCCAAUCCCCAAAGGAGUUGUGGUCCCUGAAAGACAUUCCUGACCUGACGAAUGACCUGGCCUUUCUCAUACACAUGCUGGAUCAGUAUGAUCCACUGCUGGUCCAGCGUCUCUCCGUCUUCCUGUCCCCGGUCAGUGAGAGCAGACUGCUGGAGCAGAGCCUGGAGAGACACUGGGGGGAAGACAAGCUACAAGCUAUGACCAGCAUGGAUGCGGAUGGCUGUACCACUCUGCAGCUUGUGGCCCUGCCUCGUCUUCCUCCGGCCCUUUUCACCCUGAGCCAGCUUCAGGCCCUCAAACUGGAGCUUAUCACUGAUGCCAGAUUUACUUCACAGGUGGCGAACAUGACUUCACUCAGGGAGCUCCAUCUUUACCACUGUACUGCGGCUGUGGACCCCAGUGCACUGGCUGUCCUCCAGGAACGUAUUGAAGUUCUUCACAUCACUUUUGCUCAGGCAUCACAGAUCCCCAGUUGGGUCUUCUCCCUCCGCAACCUGCACGAGCUCCAUCUGUCCGGUCGCUUAAGCAGCGAAGGUAGCGUCGGCCGCGGCUGGGCUUUGGGGAGCCUGCGUCAGCUGCGUCACCUCCGUAUUCUGGUAAUUCGAAGCAUGUUGCAGAGGGUUCCUGCAGAGCUGUGUGAGGUGGCGGCAAGCUUGGCGAAACUAGAGAUACAUAACGAGGGCACAAGGCUACUUGUCCUGACGAGCCUUAAGAGAAUGGUCGACCUGACUGAACUCCAGCUGCAGGACUGCCAGCUAGACCGCUUGCCCUCUGCCCUGUUUGCUCUGACCAACCUCCGGACGCUCGACUUGCAGCAUAACAACUUCAGGACCCUAGAGGAACUGCUAAGCCUGGUCCACUUGCGACGUCUUACUUGCCUUAAACUUGCCUACAAUCGUGUAUUGGUUCUGCCACCUAGCGUUGGAGUCCUUCGAGGCUUAGAGCUUCUCGAUCUGUCCAACAACCAGCUUAAGAGUCUCCCACCAGCUCUCUUUGCUCUCCACCGACUUCGUCGACUCCUUCUGGCUGGCAACCUGCUUUGUGAGCUGCCCUCUGAGGUCAAGGCUUUGCAGCUGCUCACAGAAUUGGACCUCAGCGGGAAUAGGUUGGAGAGCCUACCCUCUGACCUCUUCAGCUGCUGCUUGGAGCUCCGCAUCCUAAAUGUGUCCCGCAACUCCCUCAGUUCACUGCCUACGGGAAUUGCAGCCUUGAGCCACCUGUCCAGACUGGAUUUGCGCAGCAAUAGCCUGGAAGAGUUGCCUGCUGAGCUCGGUUGCUGUCUGGGGCUCUGCGGAGGUGGGCUCCUGGUUGAAAGGUGGCUCCUUCUUUCCUUACCUCCCCAUGUCAGGGACUUCCUGAGCCAUUCUUACACUACCAAGGAGGUAUACAUCAAGGAGGACUCCCGGCCAGAGUCGGACACUUUCCCAUACUCUCCCACUCAGUGGAGCUUUUAUUCAGCUCUAGAAUCACAAAUAUAGACUUUAUAGUUGAUUGUAUUCCUACACUUAUACAAAAGUUUUGUCCCUUUUUU